UCCCAUUCUCUUCAUCUUAUCACUCAUUCACCCUUCUGAAUUAUUGCUACAAGGAACUCACAACAAAACUCCACCCUCUCCAUCGGUCCCUUUCAUUCUCCUAACAACCAUUUUCAACCACCUUUUUCCUUGAUUAAACAAAAAGAGAAAAAAAUCUCAAAAAGAAAUUAAAAAUUAAAUAAAUUGCAAAGUAAAGAAAGUGAAGAACAAAACCACACAUAACAUAAUAAUUAUGAUAGUAACAAUAAAAAUUAGACACACUAUCUUUCCCUGCUACCAUGCAAAACUCACCCACCAUUUUUUCAGCCCCGCCGCCGCAGCAGCCGCAGCUCCCCCUUCCUCCUCCACCACACGUCGUCGGACAAAUCAACGUCCUCCCAGCACCGCCACCGCCAACUAUACCACAAUUCCCUGGCGCUCCCAGCUCCGUCUUCCAGAUCACCGUCCUCCCAGUACCGCCGCCACCGCCGUUCACCGUGGAUUCCAGCUCUGCCAACUUCUCCCCACUGGAAUUUCUCCUUGCCAUCAUCGCCAUUGUCACCAUCCCCGCCUUGAUCUACACCUUCAUCUUCGCCUUCAGGUGCUCGUCGUCUAGCCGCUCGGAACACGCCGCCGGUGAUUUUACCGGCGACUCAUCUGUCCAAUCGGAGCUCUCUUCUCAGGACGACAUCGAAGCUGCUGCCUUUCCUGGCGGUGUUGUCGCCGAUGUGAAGUAUCGGAAGGAGUCGACGGAGAUUGGCGGCGAGUGUCCGGUGUGCCUGUCCAUAUUCACCGACGGGGAAGAAGUACGCCAGUUGAGCGCUUGCAAGCACGCGUUCCACGCAUCUUGUAUUGACAUGUGGCUCAGCAGCCACUCCAAUUGCCCGAUUUGCCGCGCCACCAUCCCCUCCGCUGUCUCCGCCCAAGAAAGCAAGCGUUCCAACUCGAAUUCGUCGGCUGAGAAUCAGAAUAGAGGUGGUGAUCUGCGGCGGCAGGGUCAUCGUGAUGCAAAUGUCAUGGUUUGAAACUUUAUCUUGUCUAAUUUCUUCCUCUUUUGUUUUUCUCUUCUAAUAUUGAGUUUUCUUUUUUCUUAGAUUCUUUUUUUCUUUUUUAAUUAUACGUAUUGUAUAGAGUUCCAAAUACUAGAUUGAUAGUGAGAGAUGAACGAUGGUAGUGAGAUUCCUUUUGGAGUUUUUAAAUUAACAAAAAAAAUGGUCCUCUCAGUUGAGUUAAAAGUGGAUCCCAAACCCUCCAAACGUGUUUAAAGGAGGAAGUGCAGUUACGAAUUCAGAAUUUGAGAUAGGUAGCUUUAGCUUUUUUGGAUUUGUGACUUGCAUUGGUGACUUGAUGUCUUGAAUUGUAAUGUAAUACUACUCUCUGUGGUAUGAACUAGCUAGUUCUCGUGAAUGGAAAUGAAGUAAGAUUCAAAAUUAAAGCUC